AUGGAUAGAUGCAAACAUGUUGGGCGGCUACGACUCGCCCAGGACCACUCCAUCCUGAACCCCCAGAAGUGGCACUGCGUGGACUGCCAGACGACCGAGUCUCUCUGGGCCUGUCUGAAGUGCUCCCACGUGGCGUGCGGGAGGUACAUCGAGGAGCAUGCGCUCAAACACUUCGAAGAAACCAGGCAUCCGUUGGCAAUGGAAGUCCACGAUCUGUACGUCUUCUGUUACCUUUGUGAAGAUUACGUCUUGAACGAUAACCCGGAGGGCGAUUUGAAAUUGCUGAGGAGUUCUCUGUCGGCAAUUAAAAGUCAAAAACAUGAUCCGUCGACGAGAAGCGGCAGGACGUUGCGAUCGAUGGCUCUGGGGGAGGACGUGUGCAGCCAUCAAAGGAGCCCUCAGGGGCAGUCUCAGAUGCUCACAGCUCUCUGGCACAGGCGCCAGUCCUUGCUUGCGAAGGCGCUGCGGACCUGGUUUGAUAAGAGCUCUCGGGGCCAGCUGAAGUUAAAGGAGAAGCAGCAAAUGGAGGAGCUGGAGAAGAAGAAGGAGGCAGCCAGGCAGCGGCGGCAGGAGAUGAAGAGACAGCUCCUGGAGGAGCUGGCAAACACUCCUCCGAGGAAGAGCGCCAGGCUGCUGUCUCACGUGCACAGAGAGAACUUGAUCCCAAGGAAAUUCAGGGAGGUGGCGACCGCUUCCCCUACCUCAAGUCAGAUGCAGAGCAGCAGAUUCAAACAGUUUUAUUCCAUCCGGCGUAAGCCUCUGAUGACUCCCGGGGUAACGGGUCUAAGGAACCUGGGAAACACGUGUUACAUGAAUUCUAUUCUGCAAGUGCUCAGUCACCUCCAGAAGUUUAGAGAAUGUUUUUUGACACUUGAUCUCUGUGAAACAGAAGAACUCUUAGCCAAAACUGUGAAUGGGAAGUCUAGGACGCCUGGCAAAUUGGCAAAUGGGUCUGCUGCUAAUGAGUCGGGGAAGCCUGACAAAGUGGGAUCAUAUGGCACGCAGAGCUUGCCAGCUGGCUUAAAUGGUGGCUCCUCGAUAAGCAGGAGUUUAGAACUGAUACAACCCAAGGAGCCGAGUUCAAAGCACAUUUCCCUCUGUCACGAAUUGCACACCCUCUUCAGAGUGAUGUGGUCUGGCAAGUGGGCGCUGGUGUCCCCCUUUGCCAUGCUGCACUCUGUGUGGAGUCUGAUCCCGGCGUUUCGAGGGUACGACCAGCAGGACGCUCAGGAAUUUCUCUGCGAGUUGUUGGAUAAGGUACAGCAGGAGCUGGAGUCGGAGGGAACGAAGCGCAGGAUCCUCAUCCCCUUCUCCCAGAGGAAGCUCACCAAGCAGGUCCUGAAGGUGGUGAACACCAUUUUCCACGGGCAGUUGCUUAGUCAGGUCACCUGCAUAACAUGCAACUACAAAUCCAACACCGUUGAGCCCUUUUGGGAUCUUUCCCUGGAGUUCCCCGAGCGCUACCACUGCACUGAGAAAGGGAUCGUCCCCGUUAACCAGACCGAGUGCAUGCUGACGGAAAUGUUGGCCAAGUUCACCGAGACGGAAGCUCUGGAAGGGAGGAUUUACGCGUGCGACCAAUGCAACAGCAAACGGCGCAAGUCUUCUCCUAAACCUCUUGUUCUGAGUGAAGCUAGAAAGCAGUUAAUGAUCUACAGACUACCUCAGGUCCUCCGACUGCACCUUAAGCGAUUCAGGUGAGCGGGGCUCGCUGCUUG